UAUAAACCUCAUAAACCUCCCCUAAUUUUGAUAAUCAAACCCCAUUAACCCCUCCAAACACUUACGUACGAAUUCACCGAAAUCAAUACAAUAUGUGCGCUAAUCAAGAAAGGCAGCCGUUCAUUGGCGGUAACUCGUCGACUGGAACGGCGGUACACGACGGCGGGUGCGAAGAAGAGGCGGCGGCUUCUCCGUCCGAGUGCGGCUGUUCGACUCCGUUCUCCGGACAGCCGUGGUGCCGGAGACAGGCGGCGGAGAUGAUGAGGGAGCCGCCGCAGCUUUUGGCGAGGAAAAAGUGGAGUGAUUUGUUGAGGAAAGUGGGAAGAGCUUUCCCUCCGGCGGCGAAGCGUGAUCAGAAGACCCAGUUCAUAUACGACGCGCGGAGCUAUGCUCUGAAUUUCGAUGACGGCGCGGCGGCGGAAGAAGAUGAGCUUUUGCGUAAUUUCUCGUCCAGGUUUGCCGCCCCUGCAGCCGGUCAACAAAGGAAGGCGGGAUUGUGAUAGGGCCAGAAUGUGUCCCUCCGGCUGAAGAUGCUCGUGAUUAUUUAUUUUUAAUUUGAUUUGUUUUUCUUCGUCGUAAGGCGGUAUUGAAUCGAUUAAUUUCUCCUUUCAAAAAGAAAAUAUUAAUUCAUUCGUUAGUGACAUGAUUCGUCUUUUGGGUUAAAUAAUACUACCUCCCUCCCAUAAUGGUUGUCCACUUUCAAUUUGGCACGAUUAUUAAUAAAGUGGUUGAAAAGUAAAAGUUGUGG